GAUAGCCGCAACAACAACAACCACAUCCAAUUUUCUGGACACAAAAAGAGACAUGGAAUGCGAUAUUUCAGAAGUUAAAGAAGAAAUUGUGCCUGUAGCAGAAGAAAGCUCAAACAUCCAAUUGUGUUUUAGGUCACUUGAAGAAGCAAAUGCGUAUAUAAGAAACUAUGAGAUAUCUUCAAACAACAAGUUCGUUGUAAUCAGGAGACGUUCUAUUGUUCAGUCAGAUUUAACAUCGUUAGAUAAGCACCGUCUUUACUUUGAUCUACUGUCUGUGUUUGGAGAGAAAUCUUAUGCCCUCAGUGAUGGGAUACCAUUUGCAAAUUUGGGAUACGAGUACAGAAACUGUCAAUAUGGACAUUACAGAGAGAAAAAUCGCAACAAUCGCAAAAAUCGAGAGGAUGAGGCUGCGCUGAGGAUGGGUAUUAUCAGGAAGAAAAGGAAAGUAGGACCUUCUAAGAAAUUAGGCUGUCCUGCCGCUUUGAGAAUUAAGACAGUUCUGAAAUUCCCAGACUUUUAUCUGGACGAAAAGCAAUUGAAAUCACAAUAUGCCAGAAAAUCCUGUCUUGAGAAGUUGAGGACUGGUUUCUGUGAGGAAACAAAAAGAUACAUUGUGGUGUAUGUUAUUAUAGACACUAACCACAAUCAUGUCCCGAAACCUGAAAUUCCACGACUUAGAGACAAGACAGUCACUCACAAAAUUGAUAAAGGUUGCAACAGGAUACAAGAUGAUCCUAUCCCACCAUUUGGACGUGGGCCAGUGUUGAAAAGGUCAGCCAGUUUGAUGGGGAAAGAUCUGUCUGACUUGGCAUUACAGUUUAAGAUUGCCCAAGAACUUCCUACACAGCUUGCUCGACCGAAGACUUACCUGGGACUGGACAGUAUGGACACUCAUCAGUUGUUGACUCUGUACCAUGAGAUCACUGGAAAAGUUCCAAAUGAUAUGUUUGUUGCAGCGAAUAAAGAGUUUACUAGAGAAAACUUCCUGCUGUUGCUUCAUCUAUGUAUAGUAUUUGCAAAUGCUGCCAGUGAUGAACAGACUCAUCCAAGUGUAAGGAUCAAGGGAACAGAGAAUGAUUUCACUCCUGUUGAAUGUUUUGAAGCAGACUGCGCCAUCACGGACUUACACAUGCACUGUCCAUUCUGCCCAAGGACAGACUCAUACUCAGAUGUUGCUCUCCUGAAGGCUCAUUAUACCAAGCAGCAUAUCAACAAAGCUUUGGAAUUUUCUGGUUUAAAAAUACUUCGUUGCUAUGAUACUUGUGAAGUUGUUACUAGACAUACAGAUUGUAAGACUUUCAAGGGAGGUCACUGGCACUGUUACAAUUGUACCAGUGCUAAUGGAGGGCGCGUUGAAUGUUUAGAUCACUUCAAGAGACACCUGAGUGCCUAUGCAUGUAGUUUCCAAAUACGUGUUGCAAAGGAUGUUAAUCCAGGCUGUUCUUCAUUUGGUACAGUUAUACAUGAAAUUGAAAAUGCUGAUGCCAGUCUCCAUAUGGAAACUUCUGCUGCUACCAGCUCACUACAGUAUAGUCCAUCAAAGCAAGUAAUUGGGCAGAGCCCUUCAAAGAGACGAUAUGUAGAUACAGGUCUUGGAGUACAUGAUACUCUUAACAAUUCUGUAUUAUAUGUAGAAGAAGAUGAACUUGGAAACGUUUUGUCCACCUACACAGCUCAGGAAAUCCCAACAGCUGGAGAGGAGAGCGUUGUAGUUACAUACAACGACAGACCUGAUGUUAAUCAGCUGAAAUCAAGGAUUCGUGAACUUGAAAUACAGAACAGACAAUUGAAGAGAGAUAAUUCUGUUCAAAAAUCACUAAUUGAUUUUCUUCAAAAGCAGAAUUCCGAUGAGGCAGAAACACAUAAACUUGAAAAAGAAAGGCUGUUGGCUGAAAAUGCACUGCUGAAAGGUGAAACUUUUACAGAAGAUUCUUGCAAGGCUGACAAUGGCGAAGAAGCAGCAGGGAGUUUUCUAAGUUCAGGAUUAUUAUCAUCAAGAACAUGCCAGAAAAAGUUUCAAACUAAGAACAAGGAAUCAUCAGUGAAACAUUCUGAUCCUGUUAACAAAGUUAGUGAUCAACUUUCAGGUCUGAAAAAAGAAAUUGAAGAUUUGAAGAGUGCACUACAUGGGAAUCUUAGUACUGGUAUGAACUUCGGUACAAAGCCUGUUGCACAGAACACCCCUAUUUAUUUUAUACCAGAUCAAAGGAUGAUGUUGCCAUAUCAAUAUAGUAUGAUUCCUCAAAAUGUAACAGGCUUGGCAAAUACAAAUCCUCAGAAUGCAUGUAAAAAUGUGAAAACAUUUUAUAAUACAACAGCUGUUAGCUUGUCGUCCUCAGAUACCCCGGAGAAAAUUCAAGAUGCAUUUCCUGUCACUACUGUUGCACCUACUACAGUAUUACCAGACACUGAAACAACCCUUGCAAGUUCAGUCAGUACUGAAAAACCAAGCACAAGUUCCACUGAAGCAACAAAAUCUGAUCAAGAGUUGAAAGAGACAGACUCUUCUGAUGCCAGUUUAGAUAAUACAAAAAAUUCUAGUGCUGAAUCACUGGAAACAGAAGUGCAAGGUACCACAGAUGCCUCAGAAACUGCUGCUGAUGCAUCUGUUUUACAUGAUGCAGAUAGAAUUGAUGCAACUGUAGAGGAUACGGAAACAUUUAGGACUGAUUCAGGGGAUAUGGAAAUAGGGGAUGACCCUGAAAUUUCUGAAACAGAUGUUAGUUCAGCCCCUGCUGUAACCAUCCCAGUUGAAUCUGAUGCAACUGAUACAAGUUUGAACAACUCUGAAUUGUCCAGUGCAGGUGUACAAGCUUCAGAUACACCAGAAACAUCUUCAGCAGGUAUUAUUUCAUCAGAUAAAGACACAUUCAAUGGAGAGGAAAUGUUUAUUGCAACUGUACUAAGAACUGAAGAAUCUACAGCUUCAGAGAAUGAAAAGAAAGAUAGCCUGAAUUCAGUAAACAUUGCAACAACUGAUAAUGCUAUUCAAAGUACAAGAGUAGGGUCAUUGAGCACGGAAACAAGAAAUACUGGUUCAAGUUUUGGUGUUAAUGAUAAGGGCAUUGGAGCAAGUGAUUCAAGUGCAUCUAGUAGUUCUAGUGUUACAACAAACGUGCAAAACAUGCUUCAGCCCACUGUUGGUUUGCAGAAUAUAGUACCAGUGAUGUUAUUCCCAAACCAGAAUUUCAUAAACCCAUUUAUACAGCCUCAGAAACUUCCAGGCUUUGUCAACACGUUACCACUGAACCCUCUUCAAGGUACAGGAGUAGCAAAUUCCUUAAUUUUGAAUUCACCACAGAAUGCACCCGCUUCACAAAAUACGGGUCCAUUUGUGAUGGUACAAAGUCAAAAUGGUGCAUUUUGGAUCCCACAGAAUAGGAUUAGUGGUUUGGAUAAAGUUCCUGGACUGAUAACUUCUACAGACAUUAAUCCUUUAAACACGCAGGAGCAGACAUCUGUUACAGAUUUAGUGAAUACUGAUACUACUGUUAAAGACCUCUUAAAAACUGGGAUUUAUAGUAAAAAGUCAGUGAUUACUGGGACUGUUGAUAAAGACUUAGUGAAUAAUGAAACUAAAAGCAAAGUAAUAAACAGAGGUUCUAUUGAUGACAGGAAAUCUGACUUAAAAAGUUCUGUGGCUACCAAAACAGCUGAUGAAGUUCCUUUGAAGACAGUGAAGAUCAUUACAAGAACAUUGGCGAAAGAAACAAAUAAAAAAGGUUCACUGACUUCGACUGACCAACAAUGUCCACCUAACAGCAGUUUAGUUAAUACUAAAACACCGGAAAGAGAAUCAAAGACUUCUGAACAACCAAAUCAAGGACCAGUAAACACCAGGUCAUCAACGAAAGAACAUGUAAAGACUAAAAUAACAAAUAUUAGACUAGUGAAUACCAGAUCAUCGAGUAAAGGAUCUUCGAAUACAGAAACACCAGUAAAAAGUCCAUUGAUUACCAGAUCAUCAAAUAAAGGAUCUGAGAGCACGGGAGCACUAAACAAAGGGCAGGUGAAUACCAGAUCAUCAAGUGAUGCAUCAACAGAGGAAAAGUCAAUUACUCUACAUUCAAUAUCAGUUUUUGACAAAUCCGGAGGUGAAGCAGCAUUGGGUUCAGUAAAUACAGAAACAGCUGCCUCGCUACAGUCAAACAAGAAGAGUGUUAUUGUCUUGAAAGUUAAAGGGAAUUUGAGCAAAAAGUCUUUGUCUGACUUUCUGAAGAAAAACCAAAAAAGUCUCAAGAAUGUGAACAAAAUGAGUCAACAUUAAAUGGAAAGUGAAUAGUUCAAGUUCUGUUCAACUGUAUCUGUUUACAGAAACCUACAUCUGUUGAAUAGACAUAAUUUGGGUUUGUUGACAGUGCCAGUAACGCAUUUCAGUCUUGUUUUCAGCAAUGGAUAUUAGGUAAAUUAAGAAAAUGCUUACCUAAGCAGCAUACAGUUUACUAUUAUUACAAUAUCUGAUAUGCUUUACAUGGGUCAGAUGGCACAAGAUAAUGUUUUUAUUGAAUAGUCUUGAACAUUGUUUUCUUGUCAUUCACUGUUUCUGCAUCAUUUUAAAUGUUAUGUAAUGUUACGUUUUUAUAAUUUGUAUGAUUUGUCUUGAAGUAAAAGCCUUUUAGAAGA